AUGGACGGCCUUGGCAUAACCUUCGCCCGUUCGUGGGCAGCCAAACAGAAGGCAGCGACGGCGCAAAAGAUGUCGCCGCCGCGGAAGACGUCACCGUCGCGGAAGACUUCGUCAGAGCAGCCAAUUUCGUCAGCACCGUCGCGGAAGAUUUCGCUGGAGCAGCCAAUUCCGUCAGCACCAUCGCCGGAGCUUCCUCAGAACGACACCUCGCUUCGGCGCUCAUCAACUCGGUCCUCUGCUUCCGGCGACAGUUACAUGGAGAAAAGGCUGUCGGAAUUCCAGGAAUGGAAGCAGAAGAUCGCAGAAGGCUUCUCGAUUAAGAAGCCCGCAAAGACCACCUUCAAGGAGGAGCCUCUUCCGGCCUCCGAGCCCUCCAGUCCGACCCAGCAAUCUCCGAUGCAGAUGCCCACGCCGCCACAGACUCCGCCGCAGCAAAUCAUAAAAAAGGAAAGCACUCCGGCUCGGAGCUACAACAACAGGACUCCUCCUGCCGUCCGCGAGAAGGCGCGCAUCCUCGCUCUACGCGCACGUGCCCUGCCCGAGCCCGACAUCAAGUCACACCCCGCCUUCCGGCCACAGCACAUUCGCGUCCGGAAGAAGACCUAUGCGACCAAGACGGACGUUCUGAAAUGCUGGCGCCCAGCCAGUGGCUGCGCGUCCGACAACCAGCUGUGGGAGUGCUGCGAAAAGAUGGAAGUGGACAGCAUCUGCGAGGAUUGUGGCUACGUGCUGUGCCCUACUUGUGGAAGCAGGUGCAGGGGCGAGGAGUGGUGUGUUGUGGAGGGCUGUGUGCGUUGCCAGACGAGGCUUGGAGUCAACGUGUGCACGCCGCACCUGAGGGAACUGAGGGCAAAGCCGAUGGAGCGCUUCCACGGUCACUUGGUCGAGGCGAGCGCUCUCUUCUUGAUCGAGAAACUCUGA